AUGGUGGCUACGCGGGCGGACAUGAACAGGAUGAGUCGGACUCUUCCAGCAAAACUGACACCCCAACGAAUCGUACAUCUUGGCGCAUGUCUUGCACAGGCACAGCGAGCUGCGCCAGCCUUGGGCCCAGAAUGUGGGCAUAUGCCAGGGACGGUGAGACACCAUCGCCGUCAUUCGACAGGCACCAGACGCAAGUUGAUCUAUCGGUGCUACGGAAGCGCUUCAGACUGUGUAUUUGUACAAGUACGCAUUGACACACCAUCUCGUCAAAGUCGGUGUCCAACAUCACGGCUUUUGUGGCUGACAUAA